AUGGCAAUCCGUUUUGUCUGUACAAGAGCGACAAGCUGCCACCCUUUGCCUCAGCGAGAGUUGAACCACCUCUUCGACUACGAGCCACCUGAGGGCGAAGAGGUGGAAGCUUUUGUGGUGCGCUCAAAGUGGCUCAACAUUUACCAGUACCCAGAGGAACACUACUAUCAAGACAUUACGCCCAUCUGCGAAGAGUACUCUCGUGUGGACGCCUUUCUGUGUGACGUUCCGGAGCCCUUUCAGCUGACAGAGGAGUUUGUGAGCAUAACUGGCGAAAAGAUGAUCUACGUUUCGUUAGGCUCAAUGGGCUCGAUUGGCGUGCAGCUGAUGAAGCGCAUCGUCUCGGUGCUAGCCAAGACGCCGCACAAAAUCAUUGAGGAGAAUGCGCUUUCUGACAUUGGCAUGGUCAUUGUCGAUGAACUGCACAUGUUGGCUGAUCCUAACCGCGGCUACAUACUAGAGCUACUCUUGUCAAAGCUAAUGUUUACAACCAAACAAAGUUUCAGCAAAGGGAAACAAAACCCACUACAAAUUGUCGGCAUGAGUGCUACUAUUCCUAACCUUGAUCACCUUGCCAUUUGGCUAGAUGCUGCACAGUUCACAACUACAUUUCGACCAAUAUCACUCGCACAUUCACUUGUCAAAUCUAACGUAAUUUACCAGAUUACCAAAAGUGCAAACAGUGAAGAAUCGAUCCUUUUGCCUGCCUCACCGACUGUUGAUAUUGAAGAAUUGCAGUUAAAGGCAGCACCAGAUGAUGCAUCUUUAAUCUACUACGCAAUCGAAACACUUGCAAAUGGCUUUUCAUCACUAGUUUUUUGUCCAACAAAACUGAGCACUGAAAAAACUGCAAGAUCAAUAGCUGAAAAUAUUUACGAACUUGGCGCAAAAUCGGCCAAACAAGAAUCGAUAAACGAAUGUGCUGAUGCUUUAGGCUCUGCCUGUAGAGCCAACCUGUGCAUGACAAAGAUCAACGAGUUGUUGGUGACGCUUUUCAGUCUGUCUAUUGGCUUUGAUCAAACACUCGUCAAAACAAUUCGCUUUGGAGUUGCAUUCCAUCAUGCUGGUAUGAGCAAUGAAGAACGAUUCCUCAUUGAGAAGGCUUUUCGCGAAGGAACCAUUAGAGUGCUUUGCUCAACGACCACUUUGUCUGCUGGUGUUAAUUUACCAGCCAAACGAGUACUCGUCAAUGGUCCUUUUGACUUUAGUGGAAAAAUUUUAAACGUAACCACCUACCAGCAGAUGAUCGGACGAGCUGGUCGCACUGGACUCGACACUACAGGCGAAUCAAUGUUGUUUUGCAAAGAAAAAGAUUUCAAAAACGCCAUGAAUCAACUGAUCAAUGCAAGUGUGCCACCAAUAAAAAGCUGUUUGCUUGAAUCUACCAAACAGUUUGACUCAAAAACAACCCAUUCGCAAUCUCAGUCAAGCAAUGCUAGUGUGUCACAAGUGUCUCAAAAAUCAUCCCUGACAUUCUCUACUCAAAAUUUAACUGAAAAAAAGUUUAACAUUCUGAAGCAAGCUAUCAUGGAGGUCAUUUUCAGCAGCAAUGCAAAAAAUUGCGCUACCGUUGAAAGCUACGCUAAAUUGACAUUCUGUUCAGUCUCUGCUCAACUUGCGGAUGAUGAGAAAAAGGACGACGAGUGGAUGGUGACACCUGAACUUUCAUUCGUCAGCACAGUAAAACAGUUCAAAGAUUCUCUGCGUCCAGAAAUAGAAACUGCAAUCAAAAAGUCACUCCAAAGUCUGACAAGUGAAGGACUGAUUGAUGAAUGCACUGAAAUGGCGAGUGGAGACACUUCCAGCACAACAACCCUGAUUUGUGCAUCAACGCUUGGAAAAGCUAUCGUAGCAAGUGGUGUCGGUUUAGAAACUGGACUGCUUGUUUACCAAGAACUCGUUCGAUUCAACGAAAAUACCUCCUUGCAGAACGAUGAGCACCUGACCUAUUUGGCGACACCACCAUUUAUGGCUCAAAACUUGAACAUUGAUUGGUCGUUGUAUCUGAAAGUAUUUGACCGUUUAAAGGAUCAACAUAUUCGUAUUGCCGAACUACUUGGCGUAAAGUCCUCGAUCAAAUGCUUGACGGUGCAAAUAGCAAAGGGUCUUUUUGCUGCUGGAAUCAAAACACUGAUCGACAUUAUUGUCAAAGAAUAUGCAUUUAUCAAAAACAUUCUUGAUGAAGUAUCAAAAAGCGAAGCAACUCAGACAGCAAACACAAUCUACAGCAAUUUAGGAUCAUUUUAUUCGAACACAGACCAGAAAAUAGGACAAAUUUAUAUACCGCACUAUGGCAAAUGGUUAUCAACUGACGUACUGACUUUGAGGAUUGUACAUGAGGCUAAAUGUCACAUUGCAGAAGAGUUGAACGAAUCACUGGAUAUUGAUGAAGAACAAUCGCAUGCUUGUUGA